UGAACUUUUCUGCAGAUACUCCGAGUCGAAAAUUCCUGCCUCACCCGCGGUGAGCCAGAUAAUUGUACCUGAAAAAAAGGAUGGGUUUCGACUUCGGCGUCGGCGACUUCCUCGCCGCGCUGCAGUUCGCCAAGACACUAGGCAGGCGCUUCGUCGAUGCGCCGAAUGAGUUUCAAGCACUGUCCCAAGAGGUACAGCGCCUCUCUACUGUUCUCCAGGCCAUCGACGACCUAGACCCACAGGAUGCGCCUGAAGAUCGACAGAAACAACGACUGAACCGAAUUUCGCGAGAGUGUGGAGAUGCGCUGGACGAGCUUUGGCGGUUUUUGGAUCAGUAUCAACAGGUCAAUCGGGAUGACGAAGAGCGCUGCGAUGCCGGUACCCGAACGCGCACGUCUCGCUCCCUGCGGAGACUACCGAAGCAGGGUUUACUGCUCCCAGCAUCCAGGCGCGGGAGAGUGGACUUUCUGGACGUCAUGAUCCGAGACGGCACGUUGACGAGUGUAUAUGAUUGGAUGAACAAUGCGUUGGAUAUUUCCGAGUUCUUUCAGCUUCUCGGCCACAUGCAGCCUCAGAUGAGAGCCCUGGAGAUAGGGGCGGGUACCGGAGGCUUAACGGCCAAGGUUCUCUCCAAUCUGCGGUCGGCGUACGGUGAGCGGCUCUACCUCCAGUAUACCUUCACCGAUAUCUCUUCAGGCUCCUUUUCGGCAGCGAGGAACCGGUUUCAAGAUUACGAGACUAUCGAGUAUAAAGUGCUGGAUAUCUCGCAGGAUCCGCUUGAGCAGGGUUUUCAGGGCGAGGUAUAUGACCUCAUUAUCGCUUCCAAUGUCCUACAUGCAACUCCCUGUUUGCAUGACACGCUUGUGCAGGUCAGAAACCUACUCAAAUCGGAGGGACGGCUGUUUUUGCAGGAGCUUUCACCAGUAUUUCAGAGUAUGGCUUUCGUCAUGGAUUUGAUAUCCUUCCUGGACCUUGACCAUCCCUUCCUGCAAGCCCCCAGCCAAGCGGACUGGGACCUUUUUCUGCAGAUGGUUCAGAGGCUGCAACAAAGCUCAGUGCUUUGGUUGUCAUCUCUGACGCAGAUGCAGGCACAGGAUCCGCAUGAAGCACUGAUUCUCGGAAUGACUCGGACCAUCCGCUCGGAGCUCGCGAUGCCUCUCGCUACUCUCGAACUAGAGUCUCAUGACAGUCUGGCAGCGGCAGAUGCCGUGGUGCGCGUCUUCAUGCAACUGCAACGUAGCAACGAGGCAGGGGCGGACGACCUGGAUCCUGACAUGGAAUUCUGCUGGGCGAACGUUGCGCUGCAUGUGGGCCGGUAUCACUGGUACCCGGUAAAGGAGGCCUUGCGGGGACCAAUCACAGAGCCGGAAACCAAGGCUCUCAGGGUGAAGAAAAGAGGAUUGCUUCAGUUUCUGUAUUGGAGUGGAGGCACGCUGCCCGAGCUUGCAGCCGACCAGGUACAGAUUCGAACGCAAGCGGUGGGAAUGAACUACAAGGACGUGCUCAUGGCCAUGGGUGUGGUCGACGGUGGCUUGCCGAAUAUCGCCCUGGGAAAGAAGGGCGCGGGAUACGUCACCAAGGUCGGAGCAGAUGUCGGCCACCUACAAGUUGGAGACAGGGAGCUCUAUCUCAACAACACCACAUCCAGUCUGGCGACGGAGGCACAAACCUUGGGGCGCCUUACUGUGCGGAUCCCCGACACCCUCGGCUUCGAGGAUGCGGCGACCAUGCCGGCGGUCUACGUGACGCUGGGGCUAGAGAUCUACUGCACGGUCGGCUCAGAGCCCAAGGCGGCGUUCUUAGUUCGCGAGCACGGAAUCCCCCGCGAUCGGAUUUUUUAUUCGCGCAAUGCCAGCUUCCAAGACGACAUCAUGGUCGCAACCAAUGAUAUAGGCGUUGACUGCGUGCUAAAUUCUCUCUCUGGCGAGUUGCUACACGCAUCGUGGCAGUGUGUCGCGGCGUGUGGCUGCAUGGUGGAGAUCGGGAAACGGGAUAUGCUCGGUCGGGGCCAGCUGGCUCUCGACCGGUUCGAGGAUAACCGCGCCUACAUUGGCCUCGACCUGGCACUGUCCGUUGUCGCCGCCCCGGCGCAGGUUAGCAGGCACAUGAAGCGCAUGCUGGACCUUUACGCCGAUGGCCAUAUUCGGCCCAUCCACCCCGUUACCUUCUACGAUGCCCACGAUGUUCAAGAAGCGUUUCGAUACAUGCAGACAGGCUCCCACAUUGGAAAGGUCGUCAUCCGGAUGUCGGAGGACACCAACCGUGCGCUACAAUGGCGGCCGGAGACUCCCAAGCCAAGCUUCCGCCAAGAUCGAGCGUAUCUUCUUGUUGGCGGUAUGGGAGGCCUGGGUAAGGCGAUUGCCACGUGGAUGGUCACCCACGGUGCGAAGCACCUCAUCUUCCUGUCGCGCUCCGCGGGAGCGUCAGAAGAAGACCAGGAAUUCAUCCAUGAGCUGAGCCUGAGGGGGUGCGCAGUCCAAGCUAUAGCCGGAGAUGUUGCCUAUUUCGACACCGUGCAGAACGUGAUCGACCGGGCGCCGAGGCCGAUUGCCGGAGUCAUGCAAAUGGCGAUGGUGCUCUGCGACGUGGGCAUCUUGGACAUGACCGUGGACGACUACCGCACCCCUCUGCGGCCCAAGGUGGACGGCACUUGGAAUCUUCACCGGGCGCUGGGUCCGUCCAACGAGGAUCUAGACUUCUUCGUAAUGUUUUCCUCGGUGGGUGGCCAGGUCGGAUACUGGGGGCAGGGCAACUACGCGGCAGCCAACACAUUCCUCGACGCGUUUGUGCACUAUCGACAUGCGCAGGGGCUCCCGGCCUCGGUGCAUGACAUCGGCGCUAUCAAUGACGUGGGGUUCAUCAGCCAGAACCCUGCAGUGAGAAGCGCGAUGGAGGCGGGCUCCGCCCGGCUGUUCACAGAGCAGGACUUCCUCGACACGCUGCAACUAACCAUAAGUCGGUCAUCGGCCCGACCGCCGUACGAUGGCAGGCCGCCAGGCACCGCAGCGAAACUAGGACAGGUCUUCCACAACCCCAGCCAGGUGUCUCAAGUAAUGGAGUCCCGACUGCCCAUCACGCACCCGGAUAACCGCAUCAUCUGGAAGCGCGACCCACGGAUGGCCAUCUACCGCAACAUCGAGACUGUCGCCGCGCAGGGUGAGGAUGCUACGGGGGGCGGCAGCGGCGGCAGCAGCAGCAGCAGCAUGCUCAAAUCCUUCCUCGCGGAGGUCAGCACCGACCCGGCCCGACUCCAGCAGCCGGCGGCCGCGGAGUUCCUGGCCGGGGAGCUGCUCGACCGCGUGGCGGACUUCUUGAUGCGCAGGGCAGAGGACGGCGCGGAGCCGUUGGAUUUGGACAUGUCGCUCACGGAAGUCGGGGUGGAUUCGCUGGUGGCCAUCAAGCUGCGCAACUGGUGGAAGCAGGACCUCGCGGUGGAGGUGUCGGCGUCGGAGUCGAAGAGUGGGGGCAGUAUAUUGGAGUUGGGGGAGUUGGCGGCGAGGAGGCUGCAGGAGAAGGUGUUGGGCAAUGGGCAAAGAUAAGAUGAUGCAUUUGAAGGACUUGGUGCGGUCCGUCAAUUUCAGAGAACAGUAUUAUGUCUUGCAUUUCCUCCUAAUGAUCGAA